AUGGGAGUCCAAGAGUAUGCAGAAAAUGCUGUAAGAGGUAUUCCAGAAAAAAGUUAUGGCAAAAUUCCAAAAUACUUGCACAUGUUGAAAGAAGCUAAGCCGGGUACGCAUACUCACUACGUAACUGAUUCUGAUGAUAGAUUCAAGUAUCUAUUUAUUUUAUUUGGGCAAUCUAUCAAAGGAUUCUACCAAGCAAUUCGUAGAGUGAUAGUUGUCGACAGUACUUUUCUGAAAGGUAAAUACAAGAGAGUUCUGCUCGUUGCUACAACUUUAGAUAGUAACUCGAAUCUGUAUCCAAUUGCUUUUGGUGUUGUUGAUUCAGAGAAAGACUUGUCAUGGGAGCGGGUUCUAAGGAAACUAAACAUAGUCAUCGCAGAUGAUCAGAUAUUGGCGUUUAUUUCUGAUCAAAAUACUUCUGUCAUUAAAACACUUGCUAAAGUGUUUACACAGUCUACACAUGGAAUUUGCAUCCACCAUUUGCUGACUAACGUUGUCACAUAUUUCAAGACAAGGGGUUUGACUGGCUUGAUUGCAAAGGCAUCAAAAGAAUAUAGAGUUGGUGAUUUUGAGAGGAAAUUCAACGAUAUUAAGAAUAUUAGUCUGCUUGUUGGAAAUUAUCUUGUUGAGGCUGGCGUCGAAAAGUGGGCUCGUUGCAAAUUUCCAGGAUUCAUGUAUAAUGUUAGAACCACUAACCCAGCCGAAUCGAUUAAUGCUGCAUUGAAAUCACCUAGAGAGUAUCCAUACGACUUGCUGAAAAUUCCUUGCAGACACGCCAUUAAAGCAGCUUUUUCAGUGGACAGAGAACUACACCCACUCACUGAUGACAUGUACACUACUGCAGCACGGAGAAAGGCUUACGAGGAAUGCAUUAAUCCAAUAAGUGUUCCUGAGGAUUCAUGGCAAGUACCGGUGGAUGUUGAAAACGCCAGAGUUCUACCACCAGAAACACGAGGAGCAGCUGAUUUCAUCUGCAUCGAUCUAAUCCACUGA